UGCUUUUCAAAGGAAAAAGGCUCAUAACUUAUCCAAUACUACUCCAAAUUCUUCUGCCUCAAACAUUUCUAUUCCAAAUUCUUCUACCUCAAAUACUUCUAUUCCAAAUACUUCUGUUUCAAAUUCUUUUUCAAAUUCUUCUAUCUCAAACUCAAAAAAAGUAUCUCAAAACUAUCUUAACACAAAUGAUCAUGAUUUAAAAAGUGAUGAAUUAACUAAUGAAUUUGUGGUAAUUGAAUCAGAAACUGAACAAAUAAUUUUAUUCAAUUUGAUAGUAAAACCUUCUGAUUAUUUGGUUACAUUUAAACCAGAAAAAGUUACAAGAUCUGGAGUACAGUUGGUAAAUAUGCAAGACUACAAGAAGUUUCUUUUGGAUUAUAAGAAAUUAUCAAAUGGAAAGAAAAAUAUGACAAUUAUGACAUCUUUAAAGAAAAAAGAAAAAAGAAAGAAUAAAAAGAAAAGUACUGUGAAAUUGGAUGAUUUUUCAGAAAUAUUACAACAAGAAGGACAUGUAAUUCAUGAACUAAGAAAGCAAUACAAAUGUUCAUCAUUAGUUUCAAAACAACCAAUUUCACUUCCAUCUCUUGAUGAAUUUUUUACUAAAUUGGAUGAAUUAUCAGGUGGUAUUGAAGAAUUUGCAAGAUUCAAAAAUAUUUUUGAAAAUGAGCGAAUUACUGUAGAUCAAAUUUAUGAUCUUACAAAUGUGAAAUUUGAUCAAUUAGGCGUAAAUAAAAUUGGAUGGCGUAGAGCUACAGUACAGCGUUACAAAUAG